AAAAAGCAAAGCAAACAAGUGCAGUUUGUUGUGCAGUAUCUAGUGUGUGCAUGUGUAUUUGUAUCUGUGUGAUAGCAUAGAUACAGAUACAGAGAUACUUACACAUUUUCGCCCGUGAAAAGUGAAAACAAACCAGGACAAUUGAUAAUUGUAAAUCAUAAUAAAAAAUAUCAAAUAAAAAGUCUUAUAGAUUUUUUUAAAGUUGAAAAUAAAUUACGACGCACAAUCUGCUGCAAGGAAACAAUGUCGACAUUACCAUUUCUGUUGAGUGUGGCCGACGAGCUGGACAACAUCCACACGCAGUCCUACAUGGACGACUUUGGACUGGGAUUCCAUCCGCAUCGUCAGUAUUAUCGGACCCCGACCAUACAGCUAUCGCUGCCCGCCAGCAGUGACUGGACCGGACGGGAUUGGCAGGGACGACAUGCGCGUUAUCGCAGCUACAAGUUCUACGAUGACACCCAGAACAAUCUCGAGGAGGUCGACGAGGACACACAACGGGAAUCGAAGGAACAGCAGAGACAGCAGCUCCAGAGAUUGGAGGACAACAACAGAGAGCAAUCACAGCAACAACAGCAUCAGCAUCAACCGCAGCAGCAGCAGCAGCAACAACAACAACAAGUACACACUGCCAAAAUGGUAAUGGUUAAAUCGAAUUCACAUGAUGUAGGCGUGGGUGGAAUGGGAUUGAAUCUGAAAGAAUCGGAGGAGGAGGAUGAGAACAUUGAUCGCACCGUUCGCAUGUAUAAUUUAUCCAAGAAAUGCUGCAAGAAUUACUACAGACAUGCCCUUGAGAUGGACGGAACUGGGCUAGCCAGUGGGCGUGGCAAGUGCAGCAGCUUGCGGGGAUCGGGAGCUGGAAUCGGAAACGGAAGUGGCAGUCAUCAGACACCGACGGAAUCCAGUUCCGAGGAGAGUUUGCAAAAGGUGCCGUCACCCAUUGAGUUUCUCACCUGUUUUCUGGUGAAGAAGUCCCGAGGUUCCAGUUCCAAGUGCUCGGCAAGAGCAGCUGAUCAGCUGAGGAAAUCAUAGCUAAGGAAAUCGCUGACAGCGACAGCCGCAACGACAAUGAUAACGACAGCAACAACAGGAACUACAACAACAUCCAUGACGUCAGCGUCGGCGUCUGCGUCGGCGUCAGCGUCGACGUCAAAGCGUCGCAACAACUGUUUCUGAAUGUUGGCCAGAGUCGGUGUGCUUUGUGGCCAAGCCUGGAGCUGGCUGCAACGUUGUGGCGAGUUGCCCAGCUCCGAGCCGACAACUCUGCCCGCAACGCGCCUGGGACGCAUCACCUACUAGGCGACAACCCUACCCCUUCCCCAUUCCCCCAAAGGGAAAGGGGCGUGGCACACGCGACUCACACACUCAAAUUAGCAUUAAUAUUUGGUUUGGUGGCAACCCUACAUGCCGCAAUUUACAUUACACUGCGUGGCUCGUACACAGAGAGAUAUAAGAGUCGUACUAAAA